AUGUGUAACCAUCGCGGUGAUUUGGAGCAAUUGCUGUUGAACAGACUCAAUGCUUCGCGGGAAGUGGCCCCAGUAACGCUCCCAAACUGCCGGCUCAUUAAAGGGAUCGAAACUGGUUCAGAAGACAUCGACAUACUGCCCAAUGGACUGGCUUUCAUCAGCUCCGGCUUAAAAUAUCCAGGACUAAAGAGCCUUGCGCCAGACAAGCCCGGUGAAAUAUUUUUGAUGGAUUUGAAUGAAGACAAUCCCAGAGCAGUGGAACUGAGAAUCAGCCGAGGGUUUGAUCUGGCAUCGUUUAACCCCCAUGGAAUCAGCACCUACAUAGACAAAGAUGACACCGUGUACCUCUUUGUUGCGAAUCACCCCCAUCAGAAGAGCACAGUAGAAUUGUUUAAGUUUGUAGAAGAUGACAAUUCUCUUGUACACCUGAAAACCAUUCGGCAUGACCUUCUGACCAGUGUGAACGAUAUAGUAGCUAUGGGACCAGACAGCUUCUAUGCUACCAAUGACCACUACUUCUCUGACUUCAUCUUGAUGUUCUUGGAGAUGUUCUUGGGUUUAACUUGGUCAAAUGUUGUUUACUACAGUCCGAAAGAAGUUAAAGAAGUAGCAGCUGGGUUUUAUUCAGCCAAUGGAAUUAACAUUUCACCUGACAGAAAGUACAUCUACAUUGCAGAUGUAUUUGAUCAUAAUGUCCAUGUUAUGGAAAAACAUGCUAAUUGGAAUUUAACCCAUGUGAAGACGCUGCAGCUGGACACUCUGCUUGACAACUUGUCUAUUGACCCUCACACUGGAGACAUCUGGACAGGAUGUCAUCCCAAUGGGAUGAAGCUGUUCUACAACGAUCCUGAAAAUCCGCCUGCCUCUGAGGUCCUGCGCAUCCAGAACAUCCUCUCGGAGGAGCCGGUGGUGACACGCGUCUACGCCGACAAUGGCUCUGUGCUGCAGGGAACCUCGGUGGCAUCCGUCUACGAAGGAAAACUGCUCAUCGGCACAGUCUUCCACAGAGCUCUCUACUGUGAGCUAUAGCUCGUCUCGCGGGUAAGAUCUGCUGCAGUGGAAAGCAUUUAAUUCCUUGGGAACUCACUUAGUUUCCGCUAGCUUUGCUAAUGACAAGACUGUUCCAGUAAAGGUGAACUAGAGU